AUGGCGGCUCUUUUGGAAUCAGUCCUCCUUCACAAAGUGGACAUAAACGUGGUCUUGGAUUGGCUUAGAAACAGCGAGGAUGGAGACAAACUGCCUAUUACCUACAAUGAUGUUGUUAUCCACCGACAAGAAUUUAUUCCUGUUCUAUUGAACUUUCUGAGAGAUCAAACCAGCCAAGCCCUUACCCACGGUCCAGCUACUCCUGCCAAAACUCCCAGCCGCCCCAGACCUCCAGCACAGUCUCAUAAGAGCUUCACAGAGCGAAGAAGUGCCAAGUCUUCAGGUGGUGGUAGUGGUUCCAGAAAUGCCAGUCGUGUCCAGUUGUUUUCCCCUGCUCCCUCUGUAUCUCCAGGGGAGGAAUCUGAACCUACAAGACAGUCUCACUGUUUGAGUGGUGUCAGUGCCUUCAGUAGUCCCUCUUUCACUGCAGGAUGGAGUCCAGCCUCAAGGCCUUCGCGUUCUGAUCGCCGCCACGCUCAGAGAAUGAGUUUGGCAGAUUUUAUGGUUUCGCCCACUGACCAUCAACAAAGUUCUAAUUUAGAGUCACAAAAAGCGAGGAGGAGAAGUGGUGGCGUAGCAACAGGGGGACAAGGCCGACAUGGACGAGGAGUAGGUGGAGGACAAAGCGAUGACACUGGGAGAUGGGACAAUGGAGGACGGAGGUGUGGAAGAGGAGGGGGAGGAACAGGGAGCCAUGCAAAGACUCAUGAGUCACCUCCAACUGUGGAGAAACUGAACUUCAAUAAUUUGGAUGAUUUUCCUCCAGUUGGGUCAUCGCCAAUUUCACCUGCUUUAACAAAACCUUCCAGAAGGAUAAACCCAACUCCAGUGAGUGCCGAGCGCUCUCACUCGAAACCAAAGACGUGUUUCACUUCAACACCUUAUAGUCAAACCUGUAGUCCGCCAAUGGAGGAUCCGGAGAGGUCUGUGGCAGCAAGCAGUCCACUGAGCCUUCAGGAGGAGAGGGAGCUACUGAAGAGGGAGAAGACAAAACGUGCCCAACUUGUCUCUACACCUCUGCCGUUGGAUCCCAUCACCCCAACAAAAUCUGGAGUGAAGUUUGAGUCUGGGUCCAAAAUAACUCCAGAGCUGCAAACACCUAGUCCAGAACCGUCCAAAGUCACAUACUGCACUCAACUGGACUACUUAGCUGAGCUGUACUGUACCUGCAUGUCUGAAAACUUGGUUCCAAACAUUUUCCUGGAGCUGUUUUUUGUGGUGCAGUUGUUGACGUCUCGUUCAGCUCACAAUCACGAUAAUGACCAACAGGAUAGCUUGUGUGGAAUGAAUAGAGAUGCGUUGGAAAGAUGUUACCUGAAACAAGUCCACAAUUGUGUGUAUUUUGCUGUUAAAGUAUUGGAAAAUCAAUUCAACUUGGUUGUGCACUUGGACAAAUGCACAUUGCGUUUGUUAGCAGAAAAUGAAAGGAUUGCAUCUUUCUCUCCGGACCUCAGGGACAGACUCGCCCAGGCUCAGGACAAAAGUACAGCCAAGCUUUCUCCAUCCGUGUCUACUUUCAUCCACUCAGUCCCAUUUGAACCUGCAACUGAUAAUCGCUCAAACUUUGGCAGUGACAAAGCAUUUCAUAUAUUCAAAAAACAGAGAGAUAUCUUUUAUGAAAUCCUUAGAGAAUGGGAAGACUUUCACAAUGAACCUGGCUGGAGCUUUGAAGCUGCUCUGGGGAAUCGUAUCAGGGGAAUGAUGAAUCAGAUGAACUCUGCAGGGAACCACUCACACUUUUCCCGACUUUUCCUCAAGCAACUUAUUCAGAUGUGUAAAGGGCCACGUGGUAACAGCUCUCCCGGCGAUACCCCUGAUGCAGACCUGCUGGGCAAGCUGGGAGCAGACAGCCUCGGGAGACUGAAGCGGCUGGAGGAGCGCCUCAUUCAGCCUCAAACAGUGAGCGGGCCCUGUCCCCCUCCCUCUUUCCCAGGAAACCAGGAAUUCUUCAGGGAUUUUCUGCAAACAGCCAGCUGCUGUCAGCUUAACCAGCAUCUUCAGGACAGCUUGUGCCAGCAGCUGCUGCAGUUAGACGAAGUGUCGAUUCUGAGUCCCCAAGUGUCAAGUGGAGUGGAAGGAGAAGAAGAGGAGGAGGAUGGAGACAUGGAUCAACAGGAUGAGAAGCAGCGGUUCAGAUCGGUGUUGCUCCUCUCUCGUCUUCUUGCUAAAUUUCUGGGAUUCAUUGCUUUUUUGCCCUAUCAAAUGCCUGACAAGCCGUCCAGAGACCUACAGGAGACCUCAAUAGCACUGCGCAGCAAGAGUGUCCCAGCCCUGGAUGUGUGUGCUUUACUCAAGAACAGUAUAAGGCGAAGGCGCACCAUUCUCACUGUGCCGUGGCUGGUGGAGUUUCUGUCCAUGCUAGACUAUGUGGGACCCCUUCUUCUUUGCUUCAGGACAGUUCUGGGCACAUUACUUCUUUUAUACAGGAGAAUGCUUCUUGGAAAAGGUGGUGAAGUUUGCGACUUGAACAAGCUGCUGUUGGUGUCUGUAUUGGGGUGGCUUUUCCAGAUCCCUGCUAUCCCAGAAGACAUUUUCUUUACUAAUGACUUUACUGGGGUAGCUCAUUUGGAAAACGGCUCCCCAGGUGCAGUAGGGCUGGACUGUAUUCCACUGGUGGACCAUACGCUGCUCUAUACAUGUUGUCCAUUCCUUGGGGAAUUUCGUAAACUCCUGGCUGCCUUUGUUUCCGGAAGCACAGCCAAAAGCGGAGGAAUCAUCCGUAAAAUCACACCAACUUCAGCAGAACCUCGCAACACAGCAUCUGCCAACAGGUCCCAACAGAAGCUACAGCUGGAUCUUGAACAAGCAUUCUUUCACAACCAGCCUCCAUCUCUGCGUCGCACUGUGGAGUUUGUUGCUGAGAGGGUUGGAUCCAAUGCAGUAAAGCAUAUGAAGGCAACGCUGGUGAUGGAGCUGGUGGAGAAGGGGGAGAAGAUGCUCAAAGACAGACUAAAGUCUCCUAACUCGAGUGCGUCGAAGCUGAACGACUCCAUCUGCGCUCAGCUGUGUGAAGCAGGUCUGGAGGCUUUGGAUAGAGCCACCAGAUUUUGCUCUGAGAAAAGUCCUGAACCCAUAAGAAUGCUUUUGCCAGAGGAGACUUCUCCAGCGGUCUUUGCCACUGCUGAGAGCAUCACCAAACGCCUGGCGACAGAGAAGGCCUGCAGCUGGCUGGCGGCCAACAUCACAGCUCUCAUACGGCGAGAGUGGAAGAGUAGAUAUGACCGUGUGGUGAAAGCCUUCAGUCUUGAAGGAGGGGAAGAAUCGGCUGCAGAUGAACUGGCGAUUCAAGCAAAAGCAACGACUCCUAAAAGAAAACAAGUGAAUGAACGAGUGACCAGCUGUCCUCCUCACUGCACCCACCAUGUCCCGCUGCCGUCAGACGUCAUGGUGGAGAUAAAGGAGUGGUUGAGUAUCGCUGUGGGCCCCAGGACUGACGCGGAGCUGCCAACUGUGCUUCAGCUUCUGACUCUUCUAAAUAAAGUUGGAGAGACCCUUGGAUGCAAAAAGUUCUCCACAUGGAUGUCUGAGCAGAUGUUGCUGAACUCCACCGUCCUCUUGGCCUGCAAAUUGGUGUCCUCUGAGCUGCCGGUGCUGCCUGCCCCUCUGGAGCCUGUGCCGGGUGCUGGUUCGGGGUCAGAGCCUUCUGUCAAGACCCUGUUGGAGCGUUUUGGUGAACUGUGGGAGGGGGACGUGUGCUCCUCUGCCCCCCUCCACCUGCUCUUCUCUCCCCUCACUGUCAGUGCUGUGCUCCAGGCCACUGACACACAGUGGAACAACUACCUUUUUCUGGUCCAAAAUCUUGUUGACCGUGGAAUUUUGAGUCAAGAGGCGGUGCUUUCUCACUGGAAGAAAUUAACAAAAAUUUCUUUGCCCACUGAGCUGAUGGUGAAAUUUCAGCUACAUUCUCAAAAUGUGAAGCCAUCCUCAGAGCUCACAGAGAUGCUGAGCCACAUGGACAUUCUGCAGGUCUCUCACCAGACAGUAGAGGGUGCUACAUGA